AUGAAAUUUUGUAUUCCCAAAGGCUUACAAGACAAUGAACCCCAAUUUGAUAUAUGCCAAUUAUAUAAAUCUUCUGUAUGUAAGAAUGGACAGUGUAUCCCUCGAGGUACUUCAUAUGAAUGUAUAUGUAAUGAAGGCUUUGAACCAUCGGAAGAUCGUAAAACCUGUCAGUAUAAAAUCGAUAUAUGUUCUAUUCAUCGAGGAUAUUUAUGUACUAAUGGACAUUGUAUCCCAACUGGUCGAGAUUUCUUUUGUGAAUGUAAUCCUGGUUUCACACUGUCAUAUGAUCGUCGAAGGUGUAUAAAUAAAUGUGAAGAAUUAGGACCAAGUGUAUGCCCAAAUGGUUAUUGUAUCGCUUUAUCCAAUGGGGAUUACGAAUGUCAAUGUGAUAUUGGCUAUCAAAGUACAUCAGAUCGUAAAAAGUGUAUUCUACCAAUGGAUGAAUCCUAUUCAAAUCCUCAUUAUGCCAAAUCAAUGAAUUAUUAUAAGAAUAAGUAUUAUGAAAGUGAACAGGAAACCUUCGACAGUCCAAUCGAUAAAAGUAUGGAAUACUCAGAAAAUCAUGAUGGAAGAAACGAUAACUGGUGGCAAAAUGAUCACUUACAAGGAAAAUCUCUCAACCUGAAACAGAAAUCUUAUGCACAAUAUCAGUUGUUGCAUAGAUCAGAAAACCUGCUCACUUCAUUCAUUCGUGAAAAGUACUCAUCUCAAAGAUCGAUACAAUCGUUCCAGUCAUUAUCAUCCACGUUUACAUCCUCCUCCUUAUCCUCAAGUACAACAACCACAAACACCACCGCCACCGCCACAACAACCUCAACAACAACAACCCCAACCUCAGCAACAAGAACAGCAAACACAUUAACACAUUCAUCUUCAAUGAAUAGCAGUAGUAGUUCAUCUAGUCUUCCAAUUGCACUACAAAUUCUCCAUAAUGAUGAUAAUGAUGAUGAUUAUGAUUAUAUUUAUGAUAAUUGUGUUGAUACUGAAUACCCUAUGUUGAAUCAUCAACAGAUAAGUAAACAAGCAAAUUUAAAUAAUGGUAAAUGUAAUGUAAAUCUUUCUACAUUUAUCCCGUCUACAACUGCCACUGCUACUUCUACGACUACAACUACAACUUCAACCGCCACACCAUCAUCUUUCUCUCAUCUUUUUCAUCAUUUAACAGAUCCCUUACCCCCACCGCCACCAAAACCUCGUGCAUCAACACGUUCAAGCGUAAAUCCUUCAGUUCAUUUGACCGUGACGCAAUCAUUUAAAAAACCGCCGCCGCCUCCUCCACCAUCCACAAUAGCUCCAUUUUCAUCAUCUCAGCAACAACAACAACAAAAACAAGCUUGUAUAAAUUUGACUCCUCGUAAAAUGUCAUUAUCAUCAUCAAAACUUCCUUCAGUACUACAAAAAGCUUCCUCUACGCCUUCUGUUACUCCUACUCCUACUACUACUACGACUGCUGCCGCUGCUGGUGCUGUUGUUGUUGCCCCUUCUACUAAUACCACCUCUUCAUUAUCAUUUGAAAGUCACCCGCCAUCUUUAGGUGAAUAUUUUGAUAAAGAAAAUGAAACUACUGAUGAUUCUUUGAGUUUGUUAGCUGAUGAAUUUAGUAGGUCAACUACAUCUUCUAUGAAUACUGAUUACUGA